UAAGUACCGCGCGACCUGUUUUCGUGGCCAUCGUCAAUUGAUCCUGCUUCUGCGGUCAGGUGUGGUGUGCAGGUCGCUAGCUAGUGUGUCGUGUACUCUUGCGAGGAGGUCACUACCGCCGGAAAAAGAUGGACGGCGAAAUGGGCGAGGACGUGCUCAGUGAGAUCCUCGUCAGGCUCCCGCACAAGUCGCUGGCGCGGUUCCAGUGCGUGUCCACCAACUGGAACGCCCUCAUCGCCGCCGACUACCUCCGCCGCAGGCUCCCGCUCAUCACGUCCGGCGUGCUCUUCCACGACGCGCCACGGGAUGGCGUCGGGAGGCAGGCGUACACGUACGCCUGCGCCUUGCCAUCCUCAUCCUCCGGCGAAACGGGCAACGGCGGCGUGGCGGAGGCCGACGACAUGGGCUUCUUCCCGUACCACGGUACCUCGAGCAUCAUCGACGGCUGCAACGGCCUAAUCCUCUACUACUCAUCAUCACCGCAGCCGACGUUCCACGUGGUCAGCCCAACGACGCGGCGCUGGGCGGUGCUCCCGGCGCCGAGGAAGAAGACGCUGCUCUCCGUCCUGUCCUUCGACCCCUGCGCGUCCCCGCACUACAAGGUGGUGUGCUUCACCAGGUGGCUGCCGCGCGGCGCGUCCGUGGAGGUGUUCUGCUCGGAGCGCGGCGCGUGGCGCGAGCACGACAAGCUCGACUUCGGGCUCGACACCGACGCCAUGUCCGCCACCAUGCACUGCUUCGGCGGCGCCGUACACGUGCUGGCCUACUCGGGCCACGUCGUCCGCAUCGACCUCGCCACCAUGGCGUGCACGGUCACCGCGCUCCCGGCGCCCGUCAGCUACCGUGCGCGCGCGGGCCACUGCCGGGACCGCCUCCGGUACGCGUCCAGCGACGGCUCGCGCCUCAAGUUCUGGGAGCUCGUGGACGCGAGCAGAUCAGAGUGGGCACUGAAGCACGAGCUGGGGAUCAAUGACCUCGUCCCCGGUGGCUCGUCCCUGCAGGCCACCACUGCUCCGACCUUCCUGUUCAUGGCGUUCCACCCGGACAGGGAGGUGGUGUACCUGUGGACGCCCGGGAAGCUCGUCGCAUUCAACAUGGAGCAGAGGCGCGUGGAGGAGGAGCGGGUGUUCGGGUCGGCCAAGGAAGGCGCGCAGCUCAUACAGAUCUGGCUCUUUCCCUUCUCCCGCCAUCUCGCCAGCUGCUUGGCCUGAUUGGCCCGGCCACCACACUGGUCACGGGGCGAAAGGGCUUCGCCUCUGUGCGCGUCUCGUCCGUUUGUGUGGGAUCAUGUAUACGAAACUAGCAUUGUGGCCCUCGCAAUUGCGAGGGCAUCAUCUUUAAUGUGUCAAAAGUGUGUGUGUGAUAAUUCAAAAUUUUAUGGAUCAGUUUUUUACUAUAGGAACAAUUUUCAUGGUUUUUGCAAGAUAAAAGUACAAGUAUUUUUUAGUUA